AUGGUUCAACAUUGUUGGGGUCUGCCACUAGCUGUCAUUGUACUUGCUGGACUUCUUGCUAAGAAAAACACAAUUAAAGAUUGGGUAACCAUAAGAGAAAAUGUUGGUGUUUACAUAAGUAGAGGCUUUGGCCGCCAGGAAGAAGAACAUGCAUAUGCAUCAUGGGUGUUGGCGUUGAGUUAUGAUGACUUGCCGUAUCACUUAAAACCCUGUUUCCUAUAUUUAGGACAUUUUCCCGAGGAUCAUGAGAUCCGGAUGAAGAGUUUGACAAGACUAUGGAUUGCAGAAGGUUUUAUUUCUUUGACAAAACAAAGACAAAGUUCAGGGGAAACAAUGGAGGAUGUGGCAUACAAUUGGUUGAAUGAGUUGGUAGAAAGGUGUGUGAUUCAAGUAGGAGAGAGAAGUUCAACUUCUGAGAAUAUUAAAACUUGCAGGAUGUAUGAUCUUUUGCGAGAUUUGUGUUUGAGGAAGGCGGAAGAGGAAAAUUUUCUCCAAGUUGUCAAAGGUUCUCAUAAAAAUGAGGCAAUGCAUCCAGUUUCUUCUUCUUCUUCUUCCAUGGUAACCUAUGGAUCACCAAUGGGUAAGAUUCGAAGACUUGCCGUCUACUUGGAUGAGAAUGAUGAUAAAUUGGUACCCUCACUUGGGGAAAGAGGUGGACACCUUAGGUCCUUGGUAUAUUUUGACCCCAAUGAUUUUCGUUGGUUUCCUAAAAGGAAAGAAUUAAUACCUUCCAUGUUCAAGGAUUUCAAAUUACUCAGAGCGUUGAAGAUUGAAGGUAUGGAUGAUGGAGAAGUAAAAAUAGAGCUGCCCAGAGAAAUUGGAAACAUGGUCUACUUGAGGUUUCUGAGGCUAAGGGACAGUAAUAUUAAAUCGUUUCCUCCGUUCCUAGGAAACUUGAUUUGUUUGCAGACACUUGAUUUCCGUAUUACAGAUGACGACAUGAUCAUUAUCCCAAAUGUGAUAUGCAAGAUGAAUAAGUUGAGACAUUUAUACCUUCCAUGGAGUUACACGGCUAGAGAUAAACUGCAGCUAUCUACUCUCGGUCAUUUACAGACUUUAAAUUCUGUUUCGAGUAGAUAUUGUGAUUUGAAUGAUCUUGCUAAAUUGGGCAAUCGAAAAAUCUGGAGAAAAUCUUGGAUGUGGCAGGCUGCGUGCUCAACGGUAUUCGGUCCCUGCAGUUGCACAACGAUGUUGGAAUGGAAAGCGGUGCAGAGGUUAGUCAAAUAGUUGCAAGGUACACAUUGAUUAGUUUUAUUCCGAUCUCCGUAAUGGCACAGUGAUAGAAUGGACUUGUAUUUAUGGCACCUACCUAAUUAAUAUGUUUUUCUUUGUAUUAGAGUGACCAUGCCCGUACCAGCACGUAGGCCCACAAUGUACAGCUUCUGUUUGAGGAAAAUCCCCUGCAUUCAAACAUAUCUAUCAAAAUGGCUAUACAAUUUUAUCAGAUUCUGCUUGUCAUUGCCAGAAAGAUGGAUGAUUUUCACAGAGCAACUUCAAGAUCUACAGGGAUUAAUUGAAGGCAAACCAAGUGAGCUGACAAGACGGUUCGAUGGUUCCCAUGAGUUGAGAACGGGAAAGUUUUUCUACCACUUGUGGUGUUAUUGAAUAAAUUGAAAUCAAUGUGCACCUUUGUUAGAAAUGUUUUUCUUAUAUUUUUUCUUGGACUGCUGUAUUUGUGUGCUUCCUAUUUAGACUUGUUCCACUGGUUAAUGAGCAAGACAUUGAGAGGUUUAUGUUGUUGCCUUGUUAGAUAUAUGAUUGUCGUCUGAUAUAAAAUGCCUAUGGCUUUUAUUGUUUC